CUAUGGGUCGUUUUAAAAAAUACCUGUUAGUUCAUCGUAUAAAUAUUAGAAAAGCAAGACAAUAUAGAAACCAUGAUAGUGAUAGUGAAGAUAUACCUAUAAUUAAUAAUAAUAAGUAUGAUCUAGAAGAUGAGAAAAAAGCAGACUUAACAAACAAUAUGAAUCUGAGUAAUAAUGAUGAAAUAGAAGACCAGUUAGACUAUGAAAGUGAAAACGAUCCUACAGAAUAUUCUGAACAGUGA